CUUCACUCGUACGCUUCACAUUUGAUUAAUACGCGUGACCCGUUGAAAAAAAAAGGAAGCCGCCUGCAGCAAGAAUGAUUGCUCUCCUUUCUUCGCGAAAUUAGGCAGGGUGGCUUUUUGUUGUGUGUCCAUCACCUUACCCUCGUUCAAUUUGUCAUCAUGACGAUGGCAUCUUUGGCAAGCAGAAGUGGCAAUGGGAGAGCGCUGAAAUGCUCUUCCAAGGCACUCUUCAAUGCCACCAAUUCACGCCGUGCUUUAGCAACUGCAGCUCCGCCAACAUUUCAUCCUUCUCGAUUACCUCCUUAUCCGAAAUUAUUGGACAAUCUAGCAACAGUUCGUAAGGUUCUAGACAGACCGCUUACACUUUCAGAAAAGAUUCUGUAUACCCAUUUAAUUUCACCUCAAGACACUUUGGCUUCCGCAGGUCGUGAUCCAACAAAGAUUCGUGGAAAGAUGUAUUUGCCCCUACAGGUGGACAGAUUGGCAAUGCAAGAUGCUUCUGCUCAAAUGGCUUUAUUGCAAUUCAUGACUUGUGGUUUGGAUCGUGUUAGUGUUCCUGCAAGUGUGCAUUGUGAUCACUUGAUUCAAGCAUUCGAAGGAGCAGAAGCGGAUCUGAAACGUUCAAUCGCUUCCAAUAAAGAAGUUUUCGAUUUCUUAGAAUCUGCAAGUAAAAAGUAUGGUAUCGAAUUCUGGGGUCCUGGAAGUGGAAUUAUUCAUCAAAUCGUCUUGGAGAAUUAUGCCGCACCAGGACUUCUAAUGCUCGGUACCGAUUCCCAUACACCAAACGCAUCCGGGAUGGGAUGUUUGGCUAUUGGUGUCGGAGGCGCAGAUGCAGUCGAUGCUCUUACAGCCACACCAUGGGAAUUGCUUGCUCCUAAAGUGUUGUCAGUUCACUUAACCGGAGAGCUAUCUCCUUGGUGCACGCCAAAAGAUGUGAUUCUCCAUCUAGCAGGUAUCUUGACCGUUCGCGGUGGAACAGGCAAGAUCAUCGAGUACUCUGGUCCCGGUCUGGCAUCCUUGGAAGCAACUGGUCUCGCGACAAUGGCCAAUAUGGGAGCUGAAGUAGGAGCAACGACGAGUGCGUUUGCGUAUACAGAAGAGAUGGGUAAGUACCUAACAGCGACUGGAAGGGAUCAAGUUCGUCGACAAGCAGAGGGUGCUGCUCAACGCGGCCUCUUGUCUGCUGAUGAAGGUGUCGAAUACGACGAGAGGAUCGAGAUCGACUUGUCCAAAUUGGAACCCACUCUCAACGGUCCAGCUACACCUGAUCUAAGUCAGACAUUAUCGCAAUUUGUUCAAAAAGCAAAGGACGGUUCAGCAGAAUACCCAGUCGAACUUAGUGCAGCAUUGAUUGGAAGUUGCACAAACAGUAGUUAUGCCGACAUGGCAAGAUGUGCAAGCUUGGCCGAACAAGCUGCUGCUCGUGGAAUGAAGGUCAAAACAAGCUUUGAUGUAACACCUGGCAGUGAACUCGUGCGCGCUACUGUCCACAGAGAUGGCAUCCAAGACACUCUUACAAAAGUUGGAGGUCGAGUUUUGGCAAAUGCAUGUGGUCCAUGUAUCGGACAAUGGGAUCGUAAAGAGUUGCAAGGGGAGAAGAACGUAAUUUUGACUUCGUUUAAUAGAAAUUUCAAAGGAAGAAAUGAUGGAAACAGUAAAACGAUGAACAUUCUUGCCUCGCCUGAGAUCGUCACUGCAAUGGCUUUCGCAGGAAGGACUGAUUUCAAUCCAAUGACUGAUGAACUCAUUGCACCUGACGGAAAACCGUUUAAGUUCCAACCCCCGCAAGGUAAACAGCUACCACCUUCUGGCUUCACUCCCGGCAACGUUGGAUAUCUCCCUAAUGCAAUGCCUGAGCCAAAUCCAUCAACAGAGGUUGUCAUUGACCCUCAAAGCAGUCGUUUGGAACAUCUUCAACCGUUCGGUAGUCCCUUCGAAGAUGGUAAAUUGACUGGUAAUUACGAACUUCCCCCAAUGCGAUGCUUGAUGCGUAUCAAGGGCAAAUGUACGACUGAUGCCAUCAGUGCUGCAGGACCAUGGCUACGAUUCAAAGGACAUUUGACAAACAUUUCAGAAAAUACAUUGAUCGGGGCCACUAAUGGAGAAAACGAAAAGGUGAAUGUUGUACGCGAUUUCGUUGACGGAGAAGGAGAAAUUUCAAUUCCUACUUUGGCAAAGAAACUCAAGGCAAAUGAUCAACCUUGGAUGGUCGUUGCUGAUCAUAACUAUGGAGAGGGAUCAGCUAGAGAACACGCAGCCUUGCAAAUUCGAUUUUACAACGGUCAUUUGAUCUUGGCAAGAAGUAUCGCACGUAUUGCAGAGACAAAUUUGCGUAAACAAGGAGUGGUCACUUUGUUGUUUGAGAACGAAGCCGAUUAUGAUCGCAUAUCCGGUGGUGACCAGGUUGAGACAUUGAAUUUGACUGAUCUACUCAAACCCAAUGGAGAUCUUUCUACCAAGGUCAUGGUACGUGUCACCAAGUUCAACGAUGAUGGAUCUGUUAAGGAAACAUUCGACCUACCGACAAAACACUCAAUGAGUCCUGCACAUUUGGACUGGAUUCGUGCCGGAAGUGCGUUGAACUUGAUUCGUGAACGUGCUCAAUCAACCGCUGCAACCGAAUCUGCACCGUUGACAGGCAACAACAAGAGCUCAAACAGUCCAUUUUCUUCUUCACAACAGAAACGUGGUUAUGCUACCUCUGCUGUCCGUGGCCCAAAUGCAACCAGAGGCGGUGCUGCUGAGACAACAAGUGAUCCAAGAAUCGAGACUUUUCGCAGAAUCAUGUUUCCUCAACCUACAAAUGCAACCAAGACUACCUCUGAAGCAGUGAAUGAUUUGAUGGAAGAAGGCCGUCAAGGUUUACAAGCUGUUUUGCCCUAUGCAAAGUCUGCUGAAGCAGCAGAAGAGGUACAUGAUACGAUCGUACGAGGAUGGUUAUUGCACCAACGUUUAAAGAGAACCGAACAAGCACGCGAUAUUGAGGUAAAACGAGCAAAGAUGCGUGAAGCUUGUGAUUCACUCAAAGCUGAAGCACCAACACUUUAUCAACGUGCUUCUUAUCGUGUUGGAUUGAGCAGACAACAUCCCGAUGAUGUGAACAAGCUACGCAAGAUGGGUUUGCUUCCUAGACCUGAUGGAACGUAUGAACCUUCUGCCGGUCAAAACAAUUCAACAAUGUCUGGACAAGAACGUAGAAGGAGAAUUAAAAAUGUUAUUGGUGGUCGUAUUAGAGGUUUGGUGCCCGUUGAAGCUCGUCCACCUACUUGGACACCUUCUGCAAAAGGAUGGCCUUCAUAUAAAUCAUCCAAUGAAGCUUAGACAAUUUGUACGGUUUCAUUAUUGUGUAAUUUUAUUCACAUCAUAUAAAUACACUGUCUUU